CGGCUAAUGCAACGUUUUCCCGUGGUUUCGCCCCCUUCCUCAAGAAAAAAAUUCGCCGCUUUUUAAACCACCGAAGCCGACGAAGAGAGAGAGAGAGAGAGAGAGAGAGAGAUCGUGUUAGGGUUUGGAACGAUCUCGUCCCGAUUCGAUAGAUUCUACAACAAAGGUGCGUCGAUCAUGGCGUUGGAGGAAGCCCUAAUGGAAAAGGAGCUAGAGGCGCUGCAGAGGAAGCUCGCGAAGAAGCACUCCUUCGAGGAGGCCGUCUCCUCCAUCUCCGCACUCCUUCGCGAGCGCUACGCCUCUGCUUCCCCUUCGAUCCGCAAAUCCAUAUAUUCUACAGUUUGUCGUGUAGCAACUAUACUUCAGACUAGAUAUACUGCAUCAGGUUUCUGGCUUGCUGGGCUGAGGCUUUUUGAAGAAGCAGAGAGCCUGGUAACUGAAUCUUCACAAAAGGAGCACCUGAAGAAAUGCAUUGCUAGGGCACGUGAACAUUUGCAUGAUGUAGAGAAUGAGGUUCCAGCAUCCAACAGACCUACAGAUUCCAGAUUUCUUUUUGAAGGGCAUUUGACGGUGGAACCUGAGCCACCACCUCCUUCAUGGCUUGUUGCUCAGAAUCUGCUUAGAAACCUAGCUGUUGCAGAAGAUUGGACCUCUAUUCCUGAAUCUUCGCAAAGUCAGGACAAUAACAGUGGAACCGAGGGUGCUAUGGCUGAUCAGAUUCCUCAGGCCAUUCAAGAACUGUUAAGCAAUGUGACCGAUGUUCUGGACCUUGAAAAUGUCAUUGAAGCAUCAUUGCAGGAAAUAGGCGCUGGGCCCCACAGGCCGCCACCAGCUUCAAAGGAAGUUGUUGCUAAUCUUCCUAUUAUCAGUGUCACCGAGGAGAUCCUUGCGAGGCUUGGCAGGGAAACCCAGUGUGCCGUUUGCCGCGAGAACUUAGUCAUCAAUGACAAGAUGCAGGAAUUGCCUUGCAAGCAUCUCUUCCACCCACCUUGUCUUAAGCCGUGGCUGGAUGAGCACAAUUCGUGCCCAGUAUGCAGAUAUGAGCUGAGAACAGAUGAUCAUGAGUACGAGAGCUGGAAAGAACGAGAAAGGGAAGCAGAAGAAGAAAGAAAGGGCGCAGCGAAUGCUCUUCGAGGAGGGGAAUUUAUGUAUGUUUGAAAGAGGCAAAAAUACUUGUACUUAUUUCGUAUCAGGAGAAGAACAUAUAAUAACAUUAAAAAACUAGUUCGCAACGGAGAUUUUUUUUUUUUUUUUUUUAAGUCAGACUGGGUAUUCCUUAAUUGAAGCGAAUCGAUUUCGUGCAGCGUAAAACUUUUUUAUUGUACCGGAAGUAGUUGUCUGCUUCUGUCAUCUAUCGUAGUUGUGUAAAUUGUACAAUUAAUUCCUGGUGGUAUGUGAGGUUUAUGUUGAACCUGCUAUAUAUGGACGUCAUGCAGAGUUUGAAUAA